AUGCCCAAGGUUAAUUACCGGGCAAAGUUCGCUGAGCUUCAAGCCCUUCGCCAGUCAGGCAAGAAGGCUUUCGACAGCUACAGCGUCGAAGACGCAGCAGACCUCUAUGACGAAGUUGACGAGGAUGGCUACAAGAAGAUCGUUCGAGACCGCCUUAACGAAGAUGACUUCGUGGUCGACGACAAUGGGGAAGGCUACGCCGAUGACGGCCGUGAGGAUUGGGAUCGUGUCCGCCGCUACGACUCAGACAGCGAUGCCGACGAGUUGCCUGUUCGUGGCAGACCCAACAAAGCAGCCCAGAAGAAGAAGGACGACAGCCAGGCCAAGCGCGAUGCGAAUGACCGCAACAUUAGCGAAUACUUUACCAAGGGCGCCGGGAAAGCUCAGCCCAAAUCUAAAGUCUCCAAGACCAAGGACGACGACAACUUUUUAGCCGACCUUAUCAAGGAGGUGGACACUAAUAUUCCCUCACCUUCUCCUCGGUCAGCGAAGAUUGAGAGGUCUGGUGGCCGCCGUAAAUCCAGAGCCUUAUCACCGGUUGUCGAACCCAUUCAAAAGAGACAAAAGCGAACUGAUACGCGUCUACUGUCACCGCCUGUCGCCAAUAUCAAUUCAGACGACGGAUUCGUCCCUGAUGCAGCAGAUGACGGUGUUCUGGGGACUCAAGACGGUCCCAUGAGCGACCCGGCUCCGUCGUCGCCUGCAGCCAAGAAAGCAGAGAGACGGGCCCAGAUAAAACCCGAGUCCCAGGACGACGAAGAUUGUGAUAUGAUGGAAGUGGCCCAUGCAGGAGCCGUUCAUUCUGCGAGUGUAAACAUCGCUGGAUCUCGCCAAGUCAAGAAGCUCUUGAAACAAGAUCCGUACCCCUCUCCAGCCAGUUCUUCACCUUUGAAGCAGGUUCCGGGUGACGCCGUCGAUUCCAGUUCUUGGAAUAACUUGACCAACAAGCUCAACGUAGUCAACAGCUCUACAGAGACCCGAAGCAUUGGUAAAAUCGAUCACGAAGAUGCCAUUGAAGCAGACGGUAGCCUCAACUUUUUCUGGACGGACUACACUGAAAUUAAUGGCAGCCUUUGUCUUUUCGGCAAGGUUCUGAACAAAAAGACCCAAUCCUACGUCAGUUGCUUCGUCCAAAUCGACAACAUCCUCAGGAAAUUGUACUUCUUACCUCGGCAACAACGUGUUCGAGAUGGCGAGGGCACUGACGAGACUGUUGGAAUGGCGGACGUUUAUGAAGAAGUUGACGAGAUCAUGACAAAGAUGAAGGUGAAUAUGUACAAGAUCAAAGCAUGCACCCGUAAAUACGCCUUCGAACUUCCAGAUGUCCCAAAAGAGGCCCAAUACAUGAAGCUAUUCUACCCGUAUACUAAACCACAAAUUGAUGUUGCCGCAGGCGAGACAUACUCGCAUGUAUUUGGUGCCAACACAGCCCUAUUCGAGCAAUUUGUUCUUUGGAAGAACAUCAUGGGCCCUUGUUGGCUAAAGAUUCAGGAUGCUGAUUUCGGUGCCAUCAAAAAUGCCUCACAUUGCAAACUGGAAGUAUUGGCUGAACAUCCAAACAUGGUGUCACCCAUCAGCGAGUCCGAUAAUCUCGACGCGCCACCACUGACCCUCAUGAGUGUUGCCAUCAGAACCGCAUUUAAUGCAAAAGAGAACAGGCAAGAGAUUCUUGCAAUCAGCGCAAGAGUAUACGACAAGGUCUCACUGAGUGAUACGACGCCAGCAGAAAAGCUCCCUUGCAGAACAUUUACGGUUAUUCGCCCCCACGGGCCAAGCUUCCCUCUCGGCUUUGAUCAGUUAGUCCAAAAGCGGAACAGGGGCCUCCUCGUUUUAAAGAAGCAGGAAGUGGACAUCUUGAGCUUUUUUUUGGCUCAAGUUGACGUGGCUGAUCCAGAUGUCAUUCUUGGGCAUCAGUUUGAAGGGGUGGACUACAGUGUGCUUCUGAGCCGCCUCCACGAGAAGAAAAUUCACCAGUGGUCCCGACUUGGCCGCCUCCGACGACGUGAGUGGCCUGCGUCUAUCGGUAAAGUGGGAGGUAAUGUCUUUGCCGAACGUCAAGUCAUUGCUGGUCGACUACUGUGCGAUCUUGCCAACGACGCCGGAAAGUCAGCCAUGUACAAGUGCCAAAACUGGAGUUUAACUGAAAUGUGUAGCCUGUACCUUUCCGGAGAUAAUCGCCGGAGGGACAUCGACAAUGAGGCAGCACUCAACAGCUGGGCCAAAGAAAAACAAGGCCUCAUGGAUUAUAUCACGCACAUGGAAGCUGAUACGCACUUUAUCGCUGCCUUGGCGUUAAGUGUCCAGCUACUUCCUCUGACAAAAGUCUUGACCAAUCUUGCUGGUAAUUCCUGGGCUCGAACACUGACUGGUACGCGAGCUGAGCGCAAUGAGUACAUUUUACUUCAUGAGUUCCACCGCAACAAAUACAUUUGCCCGGACAAGCAGUCGUUCCGCGGCCGCCAAAAGCGGGAAGAUGAGAACCAAGAAGAGGCUGUCGGCGAGGGGAAAAAGAAGGAUAAAUACAAGGGUGGUCUGGUCUUUGAGCCCGAAAGGGGUUUAUAUGACAAGUUUGUUCUUGUAAUGGACUUCAAUUCUCUAUAUCCCUCAAUUAUCCAAGAAUUCAACAUUUGCUUCACAACUGUUGAUCGAACAGCUUUGGCUGAUGAUGAAGAUGCGGUCCCAGAAGUACCUACAGAUCAAGAUCAAGGUAUACUACCGAGACUUAUUGCCACUCUUGUUGGGCGUCGUCGCCAAGUCAAGGCACUUAUGAAAGACAAGAAUGCAACCCUUGAACAACUCGCCACCUGGGAUAUCAAGCAGCUUGCUCUGAAGCUCACGGCCAACUCGAUGUACGGAUGCUUGGGGUAUACCAAGUCCCGUUUCUACGCCCGGCCACUGGCUGUUCUGACGACGUACAAAGGCCGUGAGAUUCUUCGAAGCACAAAAGAGCUUGCCGAAAGCAAGUCUUUGCAGGUCAUUUAUGGCGACACUGACUCUGUCAUGAUAAACGCGAAUGUGGACAGUGUUGCUGACGCUUUCAAAGUUGGCAACGAGUUCAAGAAAGCCGUCAAUGAUCAAUACAAGUUGCUUGAGAUCGAUAUCGACAACGUUUUCCGACGUAUCUUGCUUCAGGCAAAGAAGAAGUACGCUGCUAUCAAUCUCAUUGAGAAGGAUGGUAAAUUUGUCGAGAAGAUGGAAGUAAAGGGUCUGGAUAUGAAACGCCGAGAAUACUGCGCUCUAUCCAAGGAAAUUUCAAAACAUCUUCUUGACGAAAUUCUUUCAGGCGAUGAGGCGGAAGUUGUCAUCACGCGCAUUCAUGAGUAUCUUCGUGAUAUAGCUGGCAAGAUGAGGGCGCAGAGCAUCCCUGUUGCCAAGUAUAUUAUUUACACACAACUUGGCAAAGGCCCUACAGAAUAUCCCAAUGCGGAUUCUAUGCCACAAGUCCAGGUUGCUCUUCGUGACAUUGCAAGAGGCAAAACGAUUCGCAAAGGUGAUGUUGUGUCGUACAUCAUUACAGGCGAUGGGACGAGUUCUGAACCAGCCCCCAAGCGUGCUUAUGCACCAGCAGAUCUCAAGUCAGACUCAACUCUUGUCCCCGAUGUUGAAUGGUAUCUUGGAAAACAAAUAUUCCCUCCCGUGGAACGACUAUGCGCCAACAUUGUUGGCACUUCUACAUCACAACUGGCGGAGCAACUUGGUUUGGAUAUCCGUCGUUAUAGCUCGAACCAAACCCAGCAGAACAGCUCCAACGAUGAUCUCGAGAUCCAUCCUCUCGAGUCCCAAAUCCCCGAUGAGGUACGGUUCGGCGACUGCGCAAGGUUGUGCCUUCGAUGUCGCAAGUGCAAGGCCAGCACCAGGUUUGAAGGUCUGGUCAUCUCUCCUGAUGGAGUAUCAGCAUCAGGCGUGCUCUGUGGUGGUUGUGGAGCAGUGAUCCCGACUCUGUCCGUCAUUGCCCAAGUCGAACAUGCCGUUCGCAGUCAAACGUCUCGCUACUACGAGGGUUGGCUUGUCUGCGACGACUCUCAGUGUGGUAACCGCACAAGGCAAAUGAGCGUCUAUGGUACUCGUUGUCUGGGACCGAAAGGCCUUGCGCGCGAUUGCCUAGGACGUAUGCGCUACGAGUACACAGAAAAGGCUAUUUACAACCAACUCGUAUAUUUUUCCAGCCUCUGGGACGUAGACAAGGCUCGCAGCAAGGCACUCGACACAAACAACUCUACUCUUUCACGCCAGGAAAGGGACACAAUCUUGGCUCUUGCGGAACAUAACCGCGUCAGAUUUGGCACAGUCAAGGGCGUCGUUGACAAGUAUCUCGAUAAGUGCGGCCGACAAUGGGUAGCCAUGGACACGCUCUUCGCCAAACUCGGAUUCAAGAAGCUGCUUGCUGCAGUGUAA